CUUUUGUUUCCCCUAUGUCUUCUAUUCUCAAAUGGGCGAGAUCAGCCUUACGAAGGGCCCCCAUCGCCCCCUCUACGAUUUCCCAGCGCCGGCUUCGAGAUCGUUCCUCCAUCAGAGCCUCUUGAGGAGGAGCAUCUUGAAGAGUUCUCUGCUGGCGCCUAUUACCCAGUCAAUAUCGGAGACGUAUAUCACUCAAAGUACCAGGUAGUGGGAAAGUUGGGCUUUGGGUCAACAUCAACUGUAUGGCUGGCUAAGAAACUCCAAGAACAUAUUCAUGUUGCCCUAAAAAUAUAUAUACAAGGACAUACCGGUAAAGAAAAGUUCGAGGUAUCCAACAAGAUUCUUCAAGGUGACUCUGCUCACCCUGGAUAUCAUCAUUUGCGAACAGCUCGAGAAAUGUUUGUCCUGCCGCAUCCAAAUGGCGAUCACCAUUGUAUGGUCCAAGACCCAAUGUGGGACAGUUGGAGAGACAUUCUCCGCAGGAAUCCUACACGUCGCUUCAAUCUACCGAUGCUCAAAGGGGGCCUACAACAGAUUCUACGCGCUCUCGACUAUUUACACAAUGAGUAUAUCAAAGCGGAUAAUAUUUUGCAUAAAAUUGCCGAUAAGAGCAUCAUUGAUGCAUUCGUUGAAGAAGAAAUGAGCGCCCCAUCGGCCCGGAAAACUGUAAAUGGCGUGACUAUUUACAAGCCAAGGCAGUUUCAUUUACCAAAACAUCUUGGCAUCGUCAUUAUGAGUGAUUUUGGUGCUGCUGUUCGGGGAGACUGGAAAAGAAAUCACGAUGCCCAGCCAAACGUAUAUAGAUCACCUGAGGUGAUGUUGGAGGUUCCUUGGAGCUAUCCGAUUGAUAUAUGGAAUGUCGGAGUCAUGAUAUGGGACAUAUUUGAAGGUAAGCAUCUGUUUCACGGCAUAGACCCAACGGACACUGCGUAUUCCACGAGGGCACAUUUGGCAGAAGUGAUUGGUAUGCUUGGAAUGCCUCCCCUUGACCUCAUUAAGCGUGGUUCCCGAAGCGACGAGUUUUUCACCGACGAUGGUCAGUGGAAGGCAGAUGUCCCGAUCCCUGCAGAGUUAAGCCUAGCGCACUCUGAAGAGAACUUAGAAGAGGGCGAGAAGCAGGAGUUUCUAAGAUUCGUGGAGGGGAUGCUGCAAUGGCGCCCAGAAGAUCGAAAAACGGCGAAGGAACUCCUUCAGGAUCCAUGGCUAUAUAGC